AAGCAUUUUGCUUAAACAUUUCACAUUCAACAGACCUUGACUGGACAGCAAGAAAGUCACUUGGCUUGUGUACUUGAACAAGGUUUGCUGAGACAGCAGGACUAGAUCCCGUUCAUGGGUCUCACUCUGGUUUUGCUUUCGCUGGUACUGACCAGCCUGCCUCUCUACACUACUGGGAAUGUACCACACGUCAUUUCAUAUCCACAUGUUGAUGCCGACCUGGGUGGUGAUUUCACAAUGAACUGUAGGCUGAGUCUGAGCAAUACCAAGGUGUCACAGGUUCAGUGGUCGUGGAGAUCAUCAGAGAAGCCUGAAGAAAUAAUUGUUGUAUUUGACAAACGGUUUGGGACAAAAUACCUGAGUCCCAAAUUCGGUGGCAGAGUAACUUUCUUCAAUCAUUCCCAGCAUCAUGUGUCCAUCCGAGUCUCAGACGUGAUGAUGAAUGACACCGGAAAUUACACCUGUCAGUACACCACCUUCCCCAGCGGCAUCUUUCAAGCGACCACCACAGUCACCGUAACAGCUCAUCCACUCAUUCUUCUUGGGGUGAUGGUGGGCGGUGUUGUGCUCUGCCUGGGAGUCGGCGCUGUGGCAGCAUGUAUCGCUCUUCAGAAGAAGAGACGUAUCCAGAGAGACACCCCUUCUUGUCGCCAGAGUGAUGCGUAUGAAAACGUCAUGGAGGCAGACUUCAGACCUAGCGCACUGAUAGAUGUUCAGCCCGUAUCCUCUGACUCGGACCAUAUAUACACUGGCCUGCUGUUUAGUGAUACAUCCACCUACAGCAUCUUGAACAAGCCCUGAAGGAGGCAUGGGCUGAGGGGUGGCUUGUGGCUCAGGGAUAGGAUGCUGUGCCUGUGAUCAUAAAGUGGCUGUUUCAUAUCCUGGGGGUGGCAGAGUUAUUGCCCCAUUGGGCGACCUGAGUGAGGCCCUGAACCCCAACUGCUCCAGAGCCGGCCUUCACAAAAACAUGCAUUUCUUUGGAUAAAAGCAUCUGCUAAGCAUUCAAUUAGAUUUUUUUUUUAAUCCAGGAUUCCUUCCUGUCAGGGUCAGUUCCUGUUGUCCCAGUCUGUGUCCUUUUACCCAUUGUCAGUCUGUAGUGUUUCCUUUGCUCCCUGUCAGCUGCAUGGCUCAAUGAGCUGAGUAUGCAGCUACCUGUUAACCCUCUGUUAUGUGUUUGAAUCCCACCUCCUCUGUUUUUGUAUUUUGUUCCCUAGUUUUUCAUUGUAUGAGUUUUUCU